GGCCUGAUCAGAUCUGUGCUGUCCUCUACAUCACACUAUCAGACUCACAGCAGGAAGGACAAAACUGAAGCAGUCCUGCAGACACACACACUGGAGACUAAAGCAAUGCAGAGAGUCAAAGACCAGCACAAAACCAGCAUGAAGAACAAGUAUGAGAGAUUAUUUGAGGGAAACAAACUCCAAGAGAAUCAAACCCUCCUGAACAGGGUCUACACACAGCUCUACAUCAUAGAGGGAGAGAGUGAAGGAGUGAGUGAAGAACAUGAGGUUUUACAGAUGGAGAAAACAGUCAGAAUACAACACUCACAAGACACUCCUAUUGACUGCAAUGACAUCUUUAAAGCCUUACAUGAACCAGGAUGUGAAGAGAAAGACCAAAUCAAGACUGUUCUUACUAAAGGCAUCGCUGGAAUCGGAAAAACCGUCUCUGUGCAGAAGUUCAUUCUGGACUGGGCUGAGGGAAAAGCCAAUCAGGAUGUAGAUUUCAUGUUUGUGCUUCCAUUUCGAGAAAUGAACUUGAUCCGAGAUCAUCAGUACAGUCUUCACGACUUCUGACAUCCUUCUGACAUCUGACAUCCUGAACUUCAAGAUCUGGACUCAAAGAUUUAUGAGGAGUGUAAAGUUGUGUUCAUCUUUGAUGGUCUGGAUGAAAGCAGAAUCACACAGAUGUUUUCAGAUGCUCAGAAAGUUUCUGAUGUGACUGAGACUUCAUCAGUGGGUGUGUUGAUGUCAAACCUCAUGAAAGGAGAGCUGCUUCCCUCUGCUCUCAUCUGGAUCACCUCCAGACCAGCAGCAGCCAAUCAGAUCCCCAUCAAAUACAUCAACCGUCUGACAGAAAUUCAGGGAUUCAAUGAGCCUCAGAAGGAGGAAUAUUUCAGGAAGAGAGUCAGUGAUGAGCAUCAAGCCAGCAGAAUCAUCUCACACAUCAGAAGAGCCAGAAGCCUCCACAUCAUGUGCCAUGUACCUGUCUUCUGCUGGAUCUCAUCCACUGUGCUUCAAAAGCUCCUGAAAGAAGAUCUGAGUGCAGAAAUCCCUCAAACUCUGUCUGAAAUGUAUAUCCACUUCCUGUUGAUUCAGAUCAACAUGAGGAAUCAGAAGUAUGAAGAGAGAAAUCCAGAGAAACUCCUGCAGUCCAACAGAGAAGUGAUUGUGAAACUCGCUGAAGUGGCUUUCAAACAGCUGAUGAAGGGCAAUGUGAUGUUCUAUGAGGAGGACCUGAGAGAGAGCGGCAUAGAUGUCACUGAUGCCUCAGUGUAUUCUGGGAUUUGCACUGAGAUCUUUAAGGAGGAAUCUGUGAUUCAUCAGAGCAAAGUCUACAGCUUCAUUCAUCUGAGCGUUCAGGAGUUUCUUGCUGCUUUCUAUGUGUUUUACUUUCAUGUAAUUUUAAUUAUGCAGGGACUGAGGAAUUUUGCUUCAAUACAAAUUUUGCUUAAAGGUGCAGUAGAUAAAGCCCUCAAGAGUAAAAAUGGACACCUGGAUCUGUUCCUGCGGUUCCUGCUGGGAGUCUCACUGGAGUCCAAUCAGAGACUCUUACAGGAUCUACUGACACACACAGAGAACAGCUCAGAGAGCAUCAGAGAAACCACACAGUACAUUAAAGAGAAGAUUAAAGAUAGAGAUCUCUCCACUGAAAGAUCUAUCAAUCUGUUCCUCUGUCUGCUGGAAGUGAAAGAUCAGACUCUGUCCAGAGAGAUUCAGGAGUUUGUGAAUUCAGACAAACACUCAGAGAAGAAACUCUCUCCUGCUCACUGCUCAACAAUCGCCUACAUGCUUCAGAUGUCAGAGGAGGUGCUGGAUGAGCUGGACCUCAAGAAAUACAACACAUCAGAUGAAGGUAGAAGAAGACUGAUACCAGCUGUUAUCAACUGCAGAAAAGCUCUUCUUGCUGGCUGUAAUCUCACUGCUCAGCAUUGUGAAAUUGUCUCAUCUGCUCUUCAAUCCUCAAACUCUGUCCUGAAAGAGCUGGAUCUGAGUAACAAUGACCUGCAGGAUUCUGGAGUUAAAAUUAUUUCUGAUGGAGUGAAGAGUCCAGACUUUCAGCUGGAGAUACUGAGGUUGUCAGGCUGUAUGUUGACAGAGGAAGGCUGUGGUUAUGUGUCUUCGGCUCUGAGUUCAAACCCCUCACACCUGAGAGAGCUGGAUCUGAGCUACAAUCACCCAGGAGAAUCAGGAGUCCAGCUGCUCCAUGACAAACUGAAGGAUCCAAACUGCUCUCUGCAGAUACUCAAUUUGGACCAUGGAGGACAUUUCAGGAUCACACCAGGACUGAGAAAAUAUGCCUGUGAUCUCACACUGGAUCCAAACACAGCACACACUCAACUCAUCCUGUCUGAGGAGAACAGAAAGGUGGCACGAGUGGAAGAGCAUCAGCCGUAUCCUGAUCAUCCAGAGAGAUUUAAGCACUGUGAGCAGGUUUUGUGUCGAGAGAGUCUGUCUGGACGCUGUUACUGGGAGGUUAAAUGGAGUGGAUACGGUCAUGUAGCAGUGGCAUAUAAAGGAAUCAACAAGAAAGUAGGCAGUGACUGUCGGUUUGGACUCAAUGAACAGUCUUGGAAUAUUUACUGUUGUGAUGAUAAUUACACGGUCUGGCAUGAUAAUAAGAGCACAAACAUUCCCCCAUCUUCAUCUUGUUCUCACAGAGUAGGAGUGUAUGUGGACGUGUCGGCUGGCACUCUGUCCUUCUACAGUGUCUCUGACACACACACACUCACACACUUACACACAUUCAACACCACAUUCACUGAACCCCUCUAUGCUGGAUUUUUGGUUUAUCCAGAUUCUUCAGUGUCUCUGUGUCAGAUUUAACAACCUGCUGUGAGGAACCUCAGAGACAUCCGUGGAAGGUAAUUUCAAUGAAGAGGUUAUUGUGAUUAAUUCAAAUUGUGAUGCUUGUGCAAUUGCAAGUUCAAAUUAAAAGCUGAUUAGUCUUGCCAUAGAUGUAAUUGAUAAGAUUAUACAUUGUUUUGCUAAUAUGAAUGAAUUACUGGAAAUUCAGAAUAUUUUGUGAGGCAGUUCUGAUGCAGCUUCUUAGGGUGCUUUCACACUUUUUCCAUUGCCUGGUCCAAACCAGAGAUCAAUUGCUCCCCCCUCUACCCUGCCCCUGCUGGACUGUGUUCAUUUUAUUUUUUUGGGGGGUCUGCAUCAUGGUGCAUUUGUGCAGUCAAAGCAACAGCUGUUUACCCUGUUGCUCGGUAACAGCAGCGCAAUGGAGGUGGCAAAAUACAUAGUGAUCCUCAAAUCACUUUUAUAUCUAGUUUUUUUAACAGUUGGUUUUGUUUCUAGCACAUAAAAUCAUUUGCAUCAAUCUGUCGAGAAUGUACUGCAAAUGUUCUAAUGUUUUCACAUCAUCCAAAGUGUUCAAACAUCAUCUAAAGUACCCUUAAACUCUCCAUUAAACAGGACAGCUAAUUAUAAUAGCUAUAGCUAUUAUAUAUUCACAUGAGCUAGAUAAGUUGCAAAAGGCUCUUUUUUCUGAACAUUUCAUAAUUUUUUAAUUUUCAAUCAUUUUGCCGUCCCAAUUUUUAGGUCACUGGUAUCAUGUAUUGUCUGUUAUUAUGUGUGUGUGGGUCAGUGGAGACUUCAGUUCAUCAAAGGUGAUGGUCUGUAGAAACACUCUGGUUCUUCAUUUGGUGAGAUCUUAUAAAAGCUAGUGUUGAUGUCCUCACUGUUUCAGAGGAUCCACAGGCUCACUUUUGUCCUGCUUAAUUGUCACACACUGUUACUGUUAAUGUAUUUUCUCUCUGUUCAAGUUAAGUUUUCAAAUUAAAAUUAUGUCAUCAUUUACUCACCCUUAAAUUGUUCCAAACCUGUAUGAAUUUCCUUGUUCUCCUGAACACAAAGGAAGAUAUUUUGAAGAAUGUUUGUAACCAAACAGAUUUGGGACACCACUGGCUUUUAUUUAUUUUAUUUAAUACUUCCUAUUAUGGUAGUUAAUGGUGCCCCAGAUCUGCUUGGUUAUAAACAUUCUUCAAAAUAUACAGGUUUGGAUCAGUUUAAGGAGUUUGAGUAAAUGAUGACAUAAUUGUCAUUUUUGGGCAAACUAUCCCUUUAAUGAUUGAUAUAACAUAAUGACAAACUUUUGCUGCACUAAAAUUGAAUUUAUG